GGUUUUAGGAGAGUUUAGGACGAGCAGAUAUUAUGCUGCACCGGACACAGGCAGGGACACUGGUUAUCACGGGGAGCUGUUCGCUAUGUCAGGUGUCGGAAGGCUUUUAGGAGGCGGCUGUAGGUGAAAUUAAACAUUAACGCAGGUGUUUGUUGGUUUUAUUCACGCGCAGAGGUUUGUUUUUAUGCGGUCCGUCUGAAUUGGAUACCGAAGGGGGGCGGGAGCGCGAGCAACAAGUGGAGUUUGGCGUGGAGAGGCCGUCACCAGCUAUGGAAGAGCAAAAGGAGCCCAACAGCAGCCGGGACUCGACCGAGGAGGAGAGCAUGUCCCUGUCGCCGAACCUCCCAUCCCCUCCUCUGAUCCUCCCGCACCAGGCGGCCCAGCAGGCCCACAGAACCACGAACUUUUUCAUAGACAACAUCCUCCGGCCGGACUUCGGCUGCAGGAAGGAGCCGAGCUACCGCGACCGGAGCCACACGCCGGGCAGAGAAAACGUCAACCCGCUGGGCGCGAGGCCGCCGCACACCGGCAGCCUGUGCCUGGACUCCAACUGCAGCAGCGACAGCACCUCCUCGUCGCCCUCCUCCUCGUCUUCGUCGUCCACGUCCUCUUCGCCUUCGUCCAAGCAGAACUCGUCGAAAGCGGGCGAAGCGGCGAGCAACGGGAGCGGCAGAUACGCAGACAGCCCGUCGGCGAUUAGUUUUAUGGGUGGCAGCAAUGGAGGAUCUCAGAGCAUAACGAAGGAGAGCCAGCCGAUGUUGUGGCCCGCGUGGGUUUACUGCACACGGUACUCGGACCGGCCCUCAUCUGUUUCCACACCAGGCCCAAGGACACGGAAACUGAAAAAGAAGAAGAGCAGCACCAAGGAGGACAAGAGGCCCAGGACAGCGUUCACUGCCGAGCAGCUGCAGAGACUGAAAACCGAGUUCCAGGCCAACCGGUACAUAACGGAGCAGCGGAGACAGUCCCUGGCGCAGGAACUCAACCUGAACGAGUCCCAAAUUAAAAUCUGGUUCCAGAAUAAGAGGGCCAAGAUUAAAAAGGCCACCGGCUACAAGAACGGCCUGGCCCUGCAGCUCAUGGCCCAAGGACUGUACAACCACUCCACGACCACCGUGCAGGAGGACAAGGAGGACAGUGAAUAGUAAUGAGACGCGGCCCGGACAUUUCCCUGCUGAGGGCCAACAUCUGACUCUUUUGGCUUUUGGAGAUAAUAAAAAAAAAGAACUGGAAGUGGGGGAGACGCUAUUUAAAAACACAGAUUUCUGUUUAUGGUAACAGUAUAUGGACAUAAUUAUAUAAAUGAACGUUAUUAAAGUUUAUAUAGCCAAACAGUUAUCAUGUUGUAUACAGUAUAUUUAAUUUCAUCUCUCACCCGGAUCUUUUCUGUCAUUGUUUUUUAGGAUGUCGAAUUGGCUCUUUAGGGUUUUUUGUGGUCCCCCCUGUCCCCCAUACGUGCGCCACAUUUUCCUUCAACACAUCAGACUCAAAAACAAGCCAAAGAUUUUAAUAUGUUCACAUGUAGUCUGAAAUAAAGAGAGAGAACGGUAGA